AACAAGAGGGGCAGGAACUUUUUCUUGUGCACUUAUCCUUAUCAAAAUUGAGGCAUCAAUUACGGAAAAUUGCCCUGAACCCUCAAUGUUUAUGUUAAGAAACUUGUGUUAAUUGGGGAGGCUUGUGUAGCAAGGAUGCAUUUCAAUACUUUUCGGUUGUGUAUUGGAAUAACUAGUUUGUGUAUUUUACUAAUAAUUGAGGGGAAGCAAGUGAGUGCCACAUGGAUAAACACUGACACUUUAGUUCCUACAACCAAUCAAAAUCAAUCAAAGCAAAAUAAUCAAAAAGCCAGUGCAGGAAAAACUGACGUAUUGACACAAAGGAGUACGUUACAACAAAACGCUCAAACAAGUGCCCAAAUUAAUGCUUCCAAGACUGUCACUGCCAACUUUAUCAAAGGACACCAUCUCCAAAAAGAAAUGACUAACAAUGAGAAGAAGAGCACCGAUAUCUCGGGGGUCUUUCCCACGAACACUAUCGAUAUAGAAAAUAAUAGUUCGGUCAAAGUGAAAGCUACACCAAAAUCAAAUCCAGCGUCGACAGAUAAAAAGCCUUCAAUUUCAACUUCAUCGACACCCUUUGGCAAAGCUACAUACAAAACAACAAAAGUUGUGUCUUCAUUACCUUCUAAGGACACAGAGUCAAAAAUUUUUACAUCAGGUUCUCCUGUCAUAAUGCCAUCAUUAGGCACAUCUAACCACGGAAACACAAAACCUGUCAUCAGUAAUAAGACUACUAAAUCUAUCAAAGGCUCUACAUCAGUCACAUUAGAAACUUCAGAGUUAACACUAGAUAUGUUUACAGAACAACGUCCCAUUCAGUCUACGCCAUUUCAUGCACUGACGACAGCUACAACGAAUUCGUUGACAGAAAUUAACUCGGCCAACCUUAAAACAACAACUAGUUACCCAUCUUUAGCCAAUACAGCUAGCUUUUCGAAUUCUCCCAAAGAAACCACAAAGUUUGGUCCACAGACAGUAUCGACAAAUGGACCUCCCUCAGAGUCUACUGCUUCUACUGAACCACCAGUCAACACUAAACCCCAGACCUCAUUUUCCACUGAUAUGUUUCCAAAAUCGGAAAACAACCAACAGAUAUCAUCGACCGCAUCCGUUGCUUCAGUGUUAUCUACGGGUAAAAAAUUUUCAACUGUGCCAUCGAAUUCUACCAAAACUACAAUUGAACAGACUACGUAUUCACAACAAGAACACGCUACGUCAUAUAAAGAUCUAGUUCCUUCAUCAACCGGAGUACCUAACACAGAGCCCGUGGAAAAAUCUACACAAAAUAUGUCAGAGACUGAACAUCUGUGGAUUACUAAGCCGUCAAUUCAAUUUAAUUCUUCCGUCGAAAAACCAUCUACAAACAGCAAUGCAUCCAACCAACCUGGGAUCACUCCAACCACAACCAAAACAAUACCGUCAACAGAGAUAAAAAACAAAUCAUCAUUAGGAACAACCCCGUUCUUUUCAGCAUCUUAUACAGAUGUUACAUUAAAGCCUGAAACUGAAUCCCACACUGCAACCCAGCCUAAUGCUACAGAAGAAACGACCGGUGUUGUCACUUCAGAAAGGACUACUAUAGAUGCAUCGUCCUUAGGUUCAACAGCAACAAACCCGUCUGCAACUUUUUCGUUAACUAAAAGCACGACUUUAAAUAUACAUACAACAGGAAACAUUCUUUCAUCUACAGAACUAAAUCAUACACAAACUAGCAAUGUCUCAACAAAAACAACAACGACUGGAAGUGAAACCACUACAGAAGGUAUGACAUCCUAUGGCAGUCCGACAACAGCUGUAGAGACAAUCGUUCAAACAGACAAUACAAAGAGUGAACAAAGUACACAACAAGCAUCACCAAAAGAGACAACAGAUUAUCCACCUUCAUCUAAUUCCCAGAAAACUGGUAUUUAUGAAACAAAAAAACCAACUAUCUCUCCUGAGGCACUAAGUACAAAAACAAAUGACAGUGAAUAUUCUACGAUGCGUAUACAAGUGACUGUUUCAGAAAACCAAAAGUCUAAAUCGCAGACACGUGCAAGUGAAACAAUAUCAUAUCAGCCUCAUUUAUCUCAAACAUCGCAUGUAAGUCCAACAGAAGCAACAAAAGAAUACCAACCUUCUUUCAUAUCAACUAUAGCCGACAAAGAAACAACAGAAAAACAUCAAAAUCCUACUUCACUUCAUGCCAAUGAUAGAGUAACAACAGAAUUACAACAUUCCACAUCACCUGAUGUCAAUAACAGAGAAACAACAGAAUAUCAAUCUUUCCAGACAGAAACACCACAGUAUCAACCUUCUUCUUCAUCACCAGUCCCUGAAUCAGAGACGACAGAAAAUCAACAUUCAACUUCACCUCGUGAUUUUGAUAAAGAAACAACGGAAUUUCAACCUUCUUCUACCCUUUCUGCCACUGGUAAAGAAACAGAAUUCCAACUUACAUUUACUUCACAAAAGUCUGAUAGAGAAACAACGGAAACAUCUUUUACCUCUCAUCCCACUUUUAGUGAAACAACAGAAUUUCAAACUUCUGUUUCAUCGCAUACUUCUGAGACCGAGAGAGCGGAAUUAAAGCCUUCUACUUCACUUCUAAUCACUAAAGAAAUAAUAAUGAUUCAACCUUCUUCAAGACCACAUCCCAGUGACAAUGAAACAACAGAAUUUCAACCUUCUGUUUCAUCACAUGCGACUGAUAAAGAGAAAACAGAAUAUCAACAAUCCUUCACAUCUGAUCUUACUGACAGAAAAACAACAAAAUUUUUACCUUUAUCAUCACAUACUUCUGACACAGAAACAACAGAAUUUCUUCCUUCUUCUAAAGCGUAUGCUACUGAAAAAGAAACGACAGAAUAUUUAAUUCAUUCGACAUCACAUCCCACUGAUGAAAAAACAACAGAAUAUCAACCUCCUUCAACAUCAAAUGAAACUGAUAAAGAAACAACAACAAAUAAUCAUCCUUUUUCCUCAGCACAUAUUACCGAUGAAGAAACAACAGAAUACCAACCUCUCUCUACACCUCAAAUUAAUGCUAUAGAAACAACAAAAUCUCUUUCAAUAUCGCAUGCCACUGAAGGAGAAACAACAGAAUAUCAACCCCCUUCAACAUCUGAUCCAACAGAUAAAGAACCAACAACAAAAUUCCAUACUUACUCUACAUCACAUGCCACUGAUGGAGAGACAACCGAAUUUCAUCCUCCCUCUUCAUCUAAUGUCACUGAUACUGAAAGGGAAACAACAGAAUAUCAACCAUUUUCAACAUCACAUGUCACUGAUAGAGAAACAACAAUAUAUGUAUCUUCUAUGACGGUUACAACAACAGAUCAACCUCCUUCUACAUCGCUUAGCACUGAUGGAGAGACAGAAGAAUAUCAACCUCCAUCAACAUUAUAUGAAACAACUGAUAUUUCAACAACUGCUGUUCUAACUACUCAUGCAGAAUCUACAAAUACGCCACAUCCAUUAAUCACAGACAAUGAAUCAACAGAAUACCAUUCUUCAGAUGUUGCCACAACAGAAAUCCCUACAAUAAAUGAAUCGACAGCAAUGACAACAAAAAAUGCUGUAACGGGAACCACUACUCCCAUGUUAGGAAUAGAAACAUCUGCAUAUACUAAUGAAGGACAAACUUUUUCAACCAGUGAUACUACCUCAGAGAGAUUGUCCACAUCGAGCGUGGGAAUGUCUACGGAGUUUGAACUCCAAUACACAACAGAGGAGCAUUCAACUAAUAGUGAAUUUUUUUCUACACAAUACGAGCUAGAAAUGACUACGGGUGUUACCGAUACUACUGAGUCAAAGUUUACAGAAUCAACAACAACCAAAAGAUCAGUAACGACAGGAGCCUACCAAGAAACUGAGCCCAGCACAACAAUGGAAAUAGCAUUUGAAGAAGUGUCUACCACGACAAAUUAUGUGCCAUCAAACACUGGAUCCACUGACUUUACACUGCAAUACUUGUCCACGUCAGAAGGUUCUUUAUUAGAAACAACAAAGUCAUCAACAAAUCAUCCAGGGGAAGAAACCACGUGGUCAUCUACAGUCGGUUUUUCUGCUGAAACAACGUCUCUAUUGUCCGGCAUGACAUCGCAAACAACAAUAAACAGUGCAGAAACCUCUCCUUCUGACAAGAGGGACACUGAUGUACCUGUGAAAAUCACUAUGUCCACAACUGUCAUGGAAUCAUCAAGCAUUUCUGAUAAAACGUCAUUAAUUGAAAAUGUAUCUACAGAAACAUCAGAACAAGUCCCUACCGUUGAAUUCACAACAUUGGGGUUAGGGAAUUCUUUCACAACAGAGGAAGGGGCAACUACAACGAUCAUGACUCAUAAGAUCUCCACAGCCCAGGAAAUUCCAAGUUCCACUGAGCAAGUUUCUGCUGCGUUUUCAACACCACAACUGAUGGAAAAUACUUCUUCCACUGAAACAGCUCUCCCGAUGACCGCCAGUUUGACUCAGUCUACCAGGGAAACACUUGGCUUUUCUGAAUCAACUGUAGAAAAUGAAGAAACAACAUUGUCCAAUUCGGCCACAACUCCAAAUGCCACUCUGGGUCUCCAGACUACGGAUAUUUCAACGAUCCCAUCAAAAACACAAGAAACAGGCUCAAACAUACAUACAGAUAUCUCACCUGUUCAUUCCACGAUUGACAAUAUAAAAUUUUCAGCGAUUGCUUCUACCGACAAACCCGAGUCCACUGAGGAGACAGAUGCACAAUUCGUGACUAGUUCGAAUGGUGUUUCGGAACUUCCUCAGACAUCUUCAGCGGAGUUAGAAUAUAAUUUCACAACCAAUGGCGCUGAGGUAUCUACGACAACAAACAAUGGAAUUUCGCAAUCAAAAGGUAUUUCUGGACAUCAGACGACAUUUGACCACCACUCAACAGGUACCUCUUCAUCAAAAGCUAACACUGGUGUACCUGGAAACGAACCCACUACGCUGGAGUCUGUAACAGGGUCUUCCACUAUACCAACACGGGAUGUCACUUUUUCAACACAGUCUUCUGCAAAGAUCAAACCACACAUAGAUUCUGCUUAUUUUGAAUUUGGCAUUGUGAUAUGGAUUUCUGGAACAUUCGAAAGGAAACUGAAAGAUGAUUUUAAGUUCAUAUCAGAAAUUAGUUUACUGGUAAAAGACAAUUUCCUACCAAAGGAAUAUCGUAACAUCUUUCAGUUAGAGGUCGCCACUGUUACGAAGGGUAGUAUAAAAGUACAUGUCCAAGCCAAAGUGAAAGUCGGUAGUCUUCGUAGAAUUAAUACUACUGUUAAAAGCGCAGUUCAGAAAAUGGUCAAUACACUGGAAUCGGUCAAUUAUACCAAGCUCAACACCUCUAGAGGGAAGUUAUAUGACAACAAAGGGGAUGUCAGAAGAUCAUUUCUGUUGCAUCAGAACGACACUGAGUGCGACGCAGUAGACAUUUGUGGAAGCUUUCAAAAAUGCAUCUUAUCCAACAACAACACCACUGCCGUAUUAUGCAAUCCCAUGCAGCGUGCGUGCUACCUUGAAUGUGGUCCAAAUGGCGAAUGCGUUCAAUCAGUUGACACUACUUACUGCAGCUGUGCCUCUGAUUGGUUGAACAUUUAUUACGGCGUGAACUGUGAGAGUCGAGCGGUGUCGCUAGAAGCCCAGCUCGGAAUCACUUUCGGGUCUCUUGGAGUGGUGUUUAUGAUUAUUUUCGUUGGAUGCCUUAUCAGAUCACGGAGAACAGACAAAGAAAGUUUCUUGGAAGACGAUGCCACGGGCUGGCGGGGUUUGAAUGGUGGGGAUUCCAGGUGGUCCACCUUUUCUGGAAGAUACUCCACACGAGAUGUCCCAUACAAAAGAUCUCUAAGAGAUGGGAGAUAUUUAGUUCCGGCUCAUGACCCAUUUGGGAGUGGUCGGUUAACAAGGCCCGGUCUUUAUCUACCCAGAAACGGCGGGCUUAUGGCCACCAGUUUUAUUGAUGCUGUACCCAGCUACAGCCAUUUCAACCUUGAGGCAGAUUUCACCAUCAAAAGGCCCGUUGUGUCCAAGGAACCAAGUGCAAUAUACCUGACAGACCAGUCGUGGGGAUCAGUGGGUUACACCAAUCCUGCUUUUUGUGAUUUUGUGGAGGAGCGGACUCAUCUUUAGUUCACACAUCUCUCAACGGAAUAAAUUGAAACUAAAUUUCUGUAACACAUCAUUUUGUACAUGUUUAUUCCCUGUUUAACGAUAUGUAUGAUAUGUAUUUCUUGUAAUAAAAACA